AUGGGACUUUUAAGUAUCCUGAAGAAAUUACGUUCAAAUAAUGAGCGAGAACUGCGGCUCCUAUUAUUAGGGUUAGAUAAUGCCGGAAAAACAACGACUCUAAAACAGUUGGCGUCAGAAGAUGUGACUCAAGUGACUCCCACUGCAGGAUUCAACAUAAAAUCUGUUUUAUCUAGUGGCUUUAAGCUAAAUGUAUGGGAUAUUGGUGGUCAAAAGAAAAUUAGGCCAUAUUGGAGAAAUUACUUUGAAAAUACAGAUGUUUUGAUCUAUGUAGUAGACUGUUCUGAUCAUCAAAGGCUUCAAGAAACAAGCUUUGAGUUAGCUGAGUUACUGCAAGAUGAAAAGCUUCGAGGAGUGCCUCUUCUUGUAUAUGCUAAUAAACAGGAUUUAGCUACAGCUCUUCCAGCAAGUGAAAUAGCACAGCACCUGGGUUUACAUCUCAUUAGGGAUCGUACCUGGCAGAUACAGGCCUGUGUGGCCACAGAUGGCACUGGAGUGAAGGAGGGUAUGGAGUGGGUAUGUAAAAAUAUACCUGUAAAAAAAUAA